CCAACGGAGACCAUGGGCAAGAUCAUCUUUUACGAGGACAGGAACUUCCAAGGUCGGAGCUAUGAGUGCAGCAAUGACUGCACGGACCUUCACUCGUACUUCAGCCGCUGUAACUCCAUCCGGGUGGAGAGCGGCUGCUUCAUGAUUUAUGAGCGACCCAACUAUAUGGGCCAUCAGUACUUCAUGAGGAGGGGAGAGUAUCCUGACUACCAGCGAUGGAUGGGCUUCAGUAGUUGUAUCCGCUCAUGCCGUAUGAUUCCAAUGUACCGUGGUUCAUAUAGGAUGCGUAUCUAUGAGAAGGCCGACUUCAGCGGUCACAUGAUGGAGUUCAUGGAUGACUGUCCCUGUGUGUCUGACCGUUUCCACCAUCGCCAUAUCUACUCCUGUAAUGUUAUGAAUGGCUACUGGAUCUUCUAUGAGUACCCCAACUACCGAGGCAGACAGUACUUCCUGAGACCCGGGGAGUACAGGAGGUACCGCGAAUGGUGUGCCACCUGCGCCAUCGUCGGUUCCUUCAGAAGGGUCACUGAAUUUUAG